CGUCAAAAUAUGGUCAAAAAUAACAACAAUACUGAACAAAAGACAUUCUAAAUUUGCAGUUUCAUUCGAGUCCUUCAAUGAACAGAGGAAGUUCUAGUGAUUUAUAAUUGAACUUUUUAGUGCCUGGAAGUUACAUUGUAGAAAAGUAACAAAACAGUGACUACCGUUGGAACUUGUGCUAGUGGAAAAAGUUUACUAGAGAGCUGAACUGUCCCAUACUGUUGGCUAGUAAUAGUGUCAAUGUUAUCUGAAAACUGCAAAGCCUAGCAAUUAUGGAAUACAUGCUGGACACGUACGUGAAUUACGACAUCGGAGGAUCCGUGGAGCCGGAUGACAUACCGAAAGCGGAUGUCGUGGUUUGGAUUCUAGGCAAGCAGUACAAUGCGAUUGCAGAUGUAGACGCAGUGCGACAGGACGUCCAGAGCCGUCUGUGGUGCACAUACCGGCGCGGAUUUGUCCCCAUCGGAGGAUCGUUACUCACUACCGACAAGGGAUGGGGCUGCAUGCUGCGCUGUGGUCAGAUGGUGCUCGCACAAGCAUUAACUCAGCUCCAUCUGGGUCGAGAGUGGCAGUGGACGCCAGAGACAAAAGAUCCGAGCUACCUGCGAAUCAUCAACCGAUUCGAGGACAACAAGCAGGCGCCCUUUUCACUGCACCAGAUUGCGCUGACCGGAGAGUCAUCCGAGGAGAAACGCGUUGGCGAGUGGUUCGGUCCAAAUACAGUCGCACAAGUGCUGAAGAAGCUAGUAAAAUUUGACGAUUGGUGCAACCUGGUUAUACACGUUGCUCUUGAUAACACGCUGGCUACCGAAGAAGUUUUGGAGCUUUGCAUGGACAAAAACGAUGGUGAAAGGUGGAAGCCUUUACUUCUGAUAAUACCCCUUCGAUUGGGUUUAAGCGAAGUCAACCCGAUCUACAUCGAAGGACUGAAAAAAUGCUUCGAGUUGAGUGGAAGUUGUGGAAUGAUCGGUGGGCGCCCAAAUCAAGCGCUCUACUUUAUUGGUUACGUAGGCGAUGAAGCGCUCUUUCUGGAUCCGCACACCGUCCAACGAAGCGGCACGAUCGGAAACAAGGCCGAACCGGAGGAACUAGAACUGGACGAAACUUUCCACCAAAGGUUUGCCAGGAGGAUUAACUUUCAAGCUAUGGACCCGUCGUUGGCGGUAUGCUUCAUGUGCGCAACCAAGCAAGAAUUUGAGGAUUUAGUACGACAGUUCAACGAGGAGCUGAACAGCGGAAGCUGCCAGGCGUUGUUUGAGGUUACCAAGACACGUCAAGCGCCGUGGACACCCACAACCGUUUCGUCGGCAUCGUCGAGGAAAAACAGCGAACCAAAUGAGGCAUUCAAUGAGAUCUCUGCUACGGAAAUCGUAACUGAAGAGUUUGAGGAAGUAGAAACCCGCUUGCUAGACGACUCUGAUGACGAGUUCGAAAUCAUUGUGUAACAGAUAACUCGAUAACGGAAAAGGUGGCAAUGUUCAGAUCGUGUAUAGAGACGUGUGUCAGCUCUCUGCACUUCGGCGCAGGGGAGGACCGCACACUUGACCCUGUAUAAAAUAAGAAAAACAAAUGCUUACGAGAAUCUAUCAAUGCUCCGCAGUGCGUAGCAUAACCAUGUAAAAGUGCUUUACAGAAUCAAUCCAACUCAGCUUCUUACUAGCUCUCACCGCCGUCGAUCGAAAUGGUUUUUAUUUCUUCGUAGCGCUAAGCGUAUUUUUAACCUUUAAUUAACGUCAUACUCCCCGAGAGAAUGUUCAUACGAAAAAAUGAAGUUGAGCGUGUGUGAUUGGAGGAUUUGAUAUUAAGUUUAAAAAUUUGCAACAGUAAGAGGAACGAACCACGCUAUCGUUCAAUUUAUAAGAUUAAUUCACUCUAUAAUGAUAUCAUUUUACUACAACUGUGCCGCAUUAUGAAGAAUGAAGCAAAACAGAACGACACAAGUAAUAACCGUGUUUUCAAAAUUUGAGAAUAUUUUUUAAAUUUAAUUUAACAGAGCAGUCAUUGUGAGUGAAAGUGCGAAAUUAAUAACGAAUAAAG